AUGAAGUGGACAGAGAAUCUUAGCAAGUUGGUCCUGGCAGUGGAUUUAGUUACACUGAUCACAGGUCUUCCUGCUAAUCUGUUGGCUCUCUACAUCUUUAUCCAUAAGAUGAAGCAACAAGCUACACCCCUCGAUGUAUUCUUGCUCAGCCUUACCAUCUCUGACCUGAUCUUCCUGUUCUUCCUUCCGUUGCGCAUGAAAGAGGCGGCCGAAAUGAAAUGGACCAUGAGCUACUUUGUCUGUUCGCUUUCAGGAUUUAUCUUUUACGCAACCAUUUACAACAGCACCUUGAUUUUGAUGGCUAUCAGUGUGGAGCGCUAUAUGGGAGUGGCCUUUCCAAUCAAGUACAAACUCAAGCGACAUCCUCGAUAUGCCAUGAUUGCAUGCGUCAUAUUCUGGUUGGUUUCCAUGGCACAUUGCAGCUCUGUCUAUAUUAUUCAGUACUAUAACUUCAAUAACACUGUCCCUAAUUCACCCAGAAAAGAGGUCUGUUAUGACGAUUUUAGCAGAGAGCAGUUGACGAUCCUUAUGCCUGUCCGUUUCGAAUUGUUUGUCGUGCUGUUCUGCAUCCCUUUUAUCGUCUGCAGCUUCUGCUACAUCAGAUUCAUCCUCAUCCUCUCCCGGCUACCUAACAUCAACCCACAGAAACGCUACAGGGCCAUUGGGCUUGCCCUAGCCACCCUCCUGGUCUUCAUCAUCUGCUUCAUGCCCUACAAUGUGUCUCAUCUUGUGGGAUUUAUUGGAUGGUACAGUCCUGACUGGAGAAUAUACGCACUCCUCACCAGCACCUUUAAUGCCUGUUUGGACCCCCUGAUUUUUUAUUUCUCCUCUUCAGUUCUCCGGGCAACAUGCAAUCACUUGAAAAGGAGACUAGUCAAUAGCAUACAACCUUUCUGCUGCUGGAAAUUGCUUAACUCUCCUCACACCACACAGAGAUCCAAUGGCAGUUCUAUAUAG